UGUUCACCGACUCAUGAUUCCGUACCAACGCCCGGACGUUCUGAAUGCUCCCCGCUAAUACCUGAUACCCGAUACCUUGCAAACCGUGGCAACGACCAACAGCCUUGCAGGACAAACAGAACAUUAUCUCCCCACGUUGACUAGUCCUCUUAUUCCAUGUUUCAAUACAUGGCAAACACCCAUUGCAUACACUGGUAGAUUAUAUAAGUCCUAUGUGUUCUCACCGUAUCUCGCUCUUGCUUCUGGAUAUUCAACAGCAUCUGUCUCCUUCUCCUCUACAUUCAUCCAAGUGAGCAACAUUUUGAUCUCAAGUACCUCGCUCUUCCCUCAGACUCACCACUCAUUUGCGUCACCAAGGUAGCGAUCCUAAGCACGCAGAAAAUCUCCAACAAGUUGAAUCAACUCACUCAGACCCUUGACUAUCUUUACCCUUGAAGCUCCUCUACAUUCUACGUAGUGCUCUGCCUUAAAGGACCACGAACUUGUAUAAACUCAUCAUGGCCGUCUCAACGAACUGCGCACACGCGUUCAAGAUGAUCAAGUCGGACAGCACUUUGGUUCAAUGGACUUGCAACUUGUGCCACUCGGGUCCUCACUGGUGGAUUUUCGAGUGUCGAUAUUGUAAAAUUCACACUUGCCGCGCCUGCAUUCAUAGCGCUUAGGGCUUUUCCGCGAGGGUCUUGUGUCGGUGCUGCCUUAGAUACGAUACGGUAUGCCCAAGUCCAUUCGACCUCAUAAUCCGUCAUUAUCUCUUGAUAGACAUUGUUAGGGCUCAUGUCACACCCAUUCCUACCGAACUUCGAUCUGGACGCCAUCCACCCUCACAACUUCUCACUGAUAGAACCUGUUGGCUUGAUUA